GGAAAAGAAGGAGGAGGUCGAUUUGAACGGGAAAAUAGACAGUGACAAUAUCUUCCCCCCUCUUGCGCUCUUGUCUUCUUCAUCUGCCCCGUCUCUUCUCCCGUCCCUGCGCCUUCGCAUUGUCUUUUCAUCGCUCGCUCGAAGAAAUCGGCCGACACGCGAACGCCCAGUCGCCCACCGGAAGCGAUUCCGUGGCUGAUUGAUAAGAUAGCGGUUGAGGGGCGAUUGGCUCCGAAGGCCCGUUGCCGUGCGUUCAUUUGAUUGAGGAAAUUCAUCAUCGUCACUAGAAAAGAAAAAUCGCCGGCGAGGAGGACUUUUCCUCACGACUCUCAUGUCCUCCUCCACGCCUACAGCCACUCCCUCUUCCUCCUCCGCUCCCUCGACCUCUAAACCCCGCGCCCUCAAGUCCUCCGGCAUGUCCUUCCUCCGCAACGUCAAGACCUUCCUCACGCCGUCGUCGUCGCAGUCGCACCUCCCGGGCUCCGCGCGCGACGGCUUCACCACCGCGAAGACCGAGGCCGACCUGUUCCCUCCGACGGACCCGUCGAUAGACGGCGACGAAUGUCUGCACGACUGCUCGUCGUGCACCGUGCACUACCCCACGAAAUUCUCCAUCGACGAGAGCGACAAGCUCUUCGGCCACGUCAAGGGGUUCAACGUCCACCUCCUCGUCGGCACGGGCAAGACCGACUGGGUCAGGGAUGUCACCGACGAGAAGGGCUCUGUCAUGCAGGCCGUGGGCAAGGUCGGGCUGGACCUGAGUGGGAAGCGCGGCAGGGUCAUGUUGAGCGCGAGCAAUUUCCCAUCUGGCGAGGAGUGCCAUGGCGACGAGGAAGAGGCCGGCACGAGCGAUUGCAUGCUACUGCCUAGUUGGGUCGUGGUUGAGAAGGUCAGGCCGAGCCAAGCGGGCACGCUAAUGAAAGAGGUGGUGGACAGAAGUGUCAGAAAUGACAUGCCUGUCGGCACAAAAAGAACAGAGGUCAAUGGCAAUGGUCAUGUGCCAUCGCCCGCAGGAGAUCAAGACCCGGCUCUAGGAGUGCAGAACGAACAAGAGCCUGAAGAUACUCCCGAUGUGUCCGGGUUGCAAAUUGGAGAUGGCGCCGAUACAUCACAGCAAGACAGCUCGCAGCAAGAACAACAACCACCACCGUCACAGAACACAACGCUUGACCCAGCACCGCUACCUCCCUCAAUCUCGUCGACCUUCAAAAUCCGCCCCAUCCCUCAUUCCUACCUAAUUCUCAUGUGCAGCCAAAAGACCCGCGACGCCCGUUGCGGCCAAUCUGCGCCUCUCCUCCGCAAAGAAUUCGAGCGUAUCCUGCGCCCCAUGGGUCUCUACCGCGACCUCCACGACGACCGACCUGGUGGUGUCGGUAUAUAUUUCAUUAGUCACGUCGGGGGCCAUAAAUACUCCGCCAAUGUCAUGAUCUAUCGAAGGCAAGGCCGGAAGAAAGAGGUGGGGGGAGAUGAUGUGGACCUGGACGGGGAGAAGUUGGAGAAAGAAGCUGUACAGCUCAUCUGGCUUGCGAGGGUGAGGCCGGAAGACUGUGAAAACAUUGUGCGAUAUACCGUGUUGCAGGGUAAGGUCGUCAAGCCGCAGAGGCAGUUGAGAGGUGGAUUCGAUCGAGAGAGGGGAGUGACGAGCUGGUAGAGCUCGGCUUGUAUAUACAUUUGUACCGUUGCCGGAGAGGUGACGGCUGCACAGCAUGAUGCACUGUGUUGCACUGGAUCGCAUUAGAAGGGCUAUAGAUAACAUAAUAAAGGAACGGGCACCAUCGCUCGGCGUUCUGGAGCAUAUGACAUUGGUCCUUUGAGC